AUGAGGUCAAUUGGCAAAGUGGUGAAGAGCAUAAAGACAGGCAAAGGUUCUGGCUUGAAGGGCGGAAGCCGCUCAGACCGGUGUUUGAUAGGUGAGGACUUGACUUUUGUCAGUCUUGUACUGGGUUUUGGGAGACUAAUUGCUCAACCAGAACUACUUGUAGAACGAAAUUCAACAUCCAUUUGCAUAAAGCAAGAAAGAGAGGCUCUGCUUCAACUUAGACAAAGCCUCUUAGACCACUAUGGCUUGCUUUCUUCUUGGAAAGGUGAAGAUUGCUGCAACUGGCAAGGGAUCACUUGUGAUAAUGGCCAUGUCAUUAAGCUCCAACUUGUACGUCAUACUGUAAGAGACACAAAUGGAAGUAUUGUUAGUCCCACGGAGCAAAAGUUCUCCAUGUCUGUGGGUAGCUUUCAUGGAACGGUUCCUCAACAAUUGGGAAACCUCACCGAGUUGCAAGUCCUUCAUCUUCAUGAUGAUGACGGAGAUUUGGUCAUUGAUGAUAUCCAAUGGGUUUCUUAUCUUCGAUCACUAAAUUACCUCGACAUUAGUGGCUUAAAAAUUGCCAGAGCAAGAGACCUAAUGCAGGUACCAUCGCAAAUGUUAUAUCCCGAACAUGACUUCUCUCCAGCAUCUCGAUCUCUCAUGGAACUCUCUCGACUCUUCGAUUCUGUGUGGUUUGACAAGUUCACAAGGCUUGUUGAUGUCAAUCUUGAGGGAAACCAUUUUCUCAGCAUAGAAGGAGGCUUAUUCUUAUUCUUGAAGAACAAAAAGGACCUCAAAUCAUUGCAACUGGGUUAUAACCUAAUUGGAGAUGAUAUUUCAAUGUCCCAAGGGAUUUCGUCAGGGUUCAUAGAGAACAACCUAGAGAGUCUAAUCCUACGUAGUAAUUCUUUUAGAGGUGCUUUGCCAAACUGGUUGGUGCACUUUACACUCUUGAGAAUUUUGUGGCUUGGCUACAACAACUUCUCGGGUCCAAUUCCAGAAAUCAUUGGAGCAUUGCCAAAAUUGGUAAUGGUAGAUCUUUCCUACAAUCAAUUGAACGGGACCAUUCCAUCAUCGUUGGGCCAACUACGGGCUUUACAAGACUUGCGUCUUUACCACAAUCAUUUGAGCGGCACCAUACCCGAUAGUCUUGGAGAACUUUCCCGACUUUCGGUUCUUUAUCUUUUUAGCAAUUCUCUGGGAGGAGCGAUUUCGGAAACCCACUUUUCUAAUAUGUCCAAGCUGAAGUAUUUAGAUAUCAGUAACAAUGACAACUUGACUUUUAAGGCAGAACAUAGCUGGAUACCCCCUUUUCAACUUAAAUUCGUUCAGAUGGAUUCAUGUAUAUUCGGAAGCACAUUUCCCCAAUGGAUGCAGACACAAGUGGAAGUUAGCGAUGCAUAUCUCUCAAAUGCCUCAAUUUUUGGGGCUUUGCCUAAAUGGUUAGGCAACAUGACAUUCAGCCAAUUCAAUCUCUCGUUCAAUCAGAUUACUGGACCGUUGCCCAACAUAUCUUCUGACUGUGCCAUUUUAGAUCUCUCCCAAAACUCGAUCUCUGGACCUCUUCCAGCCCAUAUCGGUGAGAUGUAUCUAGAUACUUUGUAUCUCAAUGAUAACCAUUUCAAUGGCACGAUACCAUCAUCCUUAUGUGACAUGUCGGAGUUGUCUGAUUUGAAUCUUGGUGGUAAUGAGCUAUCCGGGAGUAUUCCUAACUGUUGGAAGGGUUCUAAAUUAUCUCACUUGACUUUGUCGUUCAAUAAGCUAUCUGGAGUUAUCCCGAGCUCAAUUGGAUCCUUAUAUCAACUUUCAACCUUGCACUUGAAUGGAAACCGUCUCAAUGGGAAGCUUCCUCCGGCUUUGGGUAAUUGCACAAGCCUGGUAAUUUUAGAUCUUGGAGAGAAUAACUUCUUUGGAAGCAUCCCGACAUGGUUCAGUGAAAGCUUUUUGCUCUUGAUGAUCCUAAGGCUACGAGAGAAUAGUUUUACUGGCAGCAUCCCUCCGCAACUUUGCUCACUCUCAGGAUUGCAAAUUCUGGAUAUGGCAGUGAACAAUUUUAAUGGGACCAUCCCACGUUGUCUUGGCUAUAUCAGUGGCAUGAGAAACUUCAAUCAAGACAAUCUAUCUCAUCUAGAUUGGCAUCGAGAGCAUGUGGUUGAGAUCAUGAAGGGAAGAUAUAAUGAAUACACCAAAACUACUCUGCAACUUGUGGUCAAUUUGGAUCUCUCGAGCAACAACUUGAUCGGGCCGAUCCCCGAAGAACUUACUUUCCUCGUGGGAUUGCAUGGUUUGAACUUGUCGCACAACCUUCUCUUUGGAGACAUUCCCAUUGGCAUUGGAGACAUUAAGUCACUCGAGUCUCUUGAUCUUUCCAACAAUCACCUCUCAGGAACAAUUCCAGAGAGUAUUUCAGCGCUAACAUCUCUAAGCCACCUCAACCUUUCGCACAACAACUUCAUGGGGCAGAUUCCAAAAGGCAAUCAAAUCCAAACCCUUGACGAUCCUUCCAUCUAUGCUGACAAUCCUCUACUCUGUGGGGAUCUUCUAAUAAGAAAAUGCCCUAGUCCUGAGCCGCCUCAAGCACCGAAUAUCUCUCACCCUGAAGAUACACGUGAAGAGGCUAAGUCUAAGCUGUUGUUCUAUUUGGUUGUAAUGCUUGGGUUUGCAAUUGGGUUUUGGGGCUUUUUCGGAGUUUUGCAUUUCAAGAAGGACCGGAGACAUGCAUAUUUCAGCUUUGUGGAUCAAGCAAUAGACAAGGCAUAUGUGGUUAUAAUGGUGAAGGUAGCUAAAUUGAAGAGACUGAGACAGCCCAGCAGCACUUAA